GCUAUAGAAGAAAAUGCAGUACCCAAAAUCCGAUUUGAAGAGCUAGAAAAGAAAUACAAAACAAAUAUUACUAAGCUUACUGCUGAGAAUACCAAAUUGAAAAAUAGAAUCACAAAAUUAGAACAAAUACAGACUCUAGUUACUAUUAAGCCUGUGAUAUCUAUAAUGUCUUCACAACAAGAUAUUGUUGAUGAUGAUUUGGCUAGUAGCCUUGAAUUUGUUGAACCUGAUAUAGAAUAUACUGAUGAACAGAACAAUUCUUCAGAUGAUCAAAAUUCAGAAUUACUAGAAGCUUUAGUAAAUGCAUUUACUAGAACUGAGGUAAGUGAAGUAAGUAAUACAAAUGCUAAUGAUAACAAACUACAAUCUUUAAUUACUGCUUUAUCUAAUGAUAAGCUAGAAAAUUUCUCCAAUAACAAUGAAUUCACUAAUGAUAAUAAAGAAGAUGAAAGUUUUUGUA